CAACAGCGUUGUCCCAACAGCGAUGUAGCCUUUGAAACAUCGCUGUUCUGGAUAAAUUUUUCAAAAAAAAAAUAUCCGCUGGCACCAGCAUUAAUUGAUCCAACAGCCAUAUUUUUGAAAAUCUGGACGUUGGAGACCUCUUUCUCUAUAAAUUGGGACCUCCCCUCUUCACUUUUACACACACAAACACAAUUCUCUUCAACAUCCUUGCUUAUUUCAUCAUUUCUACUCUCUUCUCUUGAGAUUUCUUCAUCAUGGGCAAAGAUAAGAACAGGGCAGGAGCUUCCGGCAAAUCCAAGGCCAAAUCCCGGGCGCCUACGACAUCCACCGAGGAACGCCUCUACUAUGGUGACGGGUCAUACCUUUGGUUUGAUUCCAAGGAAGAACGCACCCGUUUCCUCACUUUCUUCUCUAAACGGGUUGUGGCUCCUCCAUGGAUCAUCCUAGAGCGUUACCCGGAGCUGCAGGGCUACGACGACCUCGACGCGCAGCUUCAUCAGGCCGGCCUUUGGACCUUCGUCUCCCGGGCUCGGAAGGAGAUCAACCCGGCGCUGAUUCGGGUCUUCUACUCCAACCUCCGGCGCGACGACGUCUCCCUAUAUGGCGGAGAGGACUGGGUGCUCAACAACGAGGGCCUUAUCCUCAACAAGCUUGGCAUCACCGAGCUCAUCCGCCAUGCCUCGGGCCGCCCCACCAUCCACUCCGCUAACCCCGAUGGCCGUCUUCUUCUCUACAUCGUCUCCCGGAUCAUCAAACCCAGGAAGCACGGCCACACCAUCAUGUCCGGUGAAGAUCUCAAGCUCAUCCAUGCGAUCAAGCACUCGGCCCCAAUCAAUUGGGCAAAGUUUGUCAUGAUCAACAUGACGAUUACCGCGUCCACCGACCACGACCACCUCCUCCCGUACCCAUUCGUGGUGAUGGACAUCCUUGAACGGUUCAAGGUGACCACCACCGUUGGCCCACUCACAAAGGCCACGAAGAUUUGGGCGGUCAGCACCCAAACCUUCAAGAAGCGGUCGAACAACGCCGGACCUGCCACUGCCGUGCAACGGCGACGUUCUGCUGCUGGCCCAGCCGAAGCCCAGGCCAGGGCCAACCUUGCCUCCAUCGCCGACUCCCUCAACCGGCUUCACUUCAAAGUUGGCGGGAUGGAUGGCUACCUUGAGCGGCUCGACGAGGCUGUUCAACGCCAAGGGCACGCCAUGAACGCAUACUUCCAACGCGUUAACUACGUCCCCAGUCCCCCCACCGUACCAUGGCACGUUCUUUGGGCAAGUGUACGAAACUUCUGGAACAGCGAUGUAGGCUUCCCUACAGCGCUGUCCAACCUAAGCCAAAGAUAUUGUACAUUGGCAGAAAGUUUUUGGACAGCGAUGUUGACCCAGAAACAGCGCUGUCAGGCCAAACUUCCAUCUUCAAAGGCAGACCUAAACAGCGAUGUUCUAGCACAAUUCUUCGAAUUGCGCGAGGAGGCUAGACAAAAUGGACUUAAAGUCACCGACGAAGAAAUAUGGUACUCGCUAGUCGAGGGCCAUAACGCAAAGAACCGUGUUCCUGGAGUUGGUGACUAUGCACGGGAAAUGAAGAAGAUCAAUCCGUCCUCCAAACCUCGCCGUUCCAGCACUAGUAGCAGCAGCACGGCGGAGAUGGCAGCACUUAAAGAACAAAACCAAAGGCUGCAGGAACAACUUGAUAAUCUAACCUCAAACUUGUCGCUGACGAUUCAGAAGGAAAUAAGGAAGUUAUAUGGUGGACAAGCUCCGGUCACCUCCCCUCCUCCUCCGUCUGCCGCCGCCUCCGUUCGAUCGGAGCGAGCUUCUCGUCCGCGGCAUUUUCCGAUUCCUGUUAAUCUCGUCUGAAGGUAUGCUCGCUCUUUUCUUCUUCGUAGCUUCUUUAAUUUUCUUCCUUUAAUUUGUUUGUUCUUCAGUGAAGCUCGGACUCACUCUGUAUAAGUGAACAGCUAAAACUUUCUCCUGCUUCUGUUUCUACCUGGAUGAGAUCUAUUUCUGCUUUUAAACCUAUUUUAGUGAUAGAACCUUGGAGAACGCUUCAGCAGCUUUGCCGUUCUAAUUUCUCUUGUCCUGUUUUUCUGUUCCAGUAAUCGAUCUGACUGAGUACAAACGUUUCAAACUCUUUGAUUAAAGCACUUAUGUUAAAAAAAUUACUCGUUUUUCAAGGAUCGUAACUCAAAAUUAUGCUGUGAAAUGUUAAUCCGGGUUAGAUUAGAGGGUGUGAUUGUGGCAAAUUCUUCUUUUUCAAUCUUAGCAUUUCAAAUCCCUAGCUCAUUUCCAUUCCCUCACCUUCUUCUCUUCUUUCCGUUAUUUCUUCUCUGUUGAGAAAAUAGUUAAAGCGUUAUCAUUUCAGAUCUCUCUCUAUUCCAUUUAUAUCUAGCUCUCUCUUGGGUGCCAAGCUGAUUUGAAACUUUCAAGAUUAUAGACUUGUAGCAGAUGAUCAGAUCAAACAGUGUUGG